UGAUAGAUUUGAAGCCGUCACAGAUUGGCUAAAACAUGUUGGCUUAGACGAAGAUUCUUUCUCCCUUCUUGAAGAUUCUCCUGAACCAAAAAACUAAAAUGUCACAAAAAUAGAUGAUAGUAGUUUCAAUAAACGUAAAUGAAUGAUUCCAUUAUUACCAAUUUCUUCACUCUCUUCUUUGACUUUGACAUGGAUGCCAGACAGUACGUAUUGGAUCUCGCAGAAACUGGUUCCAAAAGCAGUGACAUGGAACAGCAUGUCUCCUUCGUGUCUGAAGAUAACAACGUCACCGACUCGAAGAUCAUGUGCCUUGGCGAACUCUUUCCAACCAUCAGUGAGCCUAUGGCCUUCUAUCUUCACUUUCCAUGUUCUGUCCGAACAAUCUGAUCUCAGUUUAACAGUCCUACCCUCGUGUUUUCCUUCUAUAUGCUUGGAGAAGAACGUCACAGGAAUAUUCUGCAACAGAAAAAAAAAACACAGCCAUAAGACUAUCUAUAAUACGUUCAUAGAGACUGAUGAAGAAAGACAAGAGACAGCGAGGUUUCGUACGAGGUGGCUUUGGAAACCGGUAAGAAGAGGCUGGAAGAAAUGUGGGUUCGCCGGAGUUAAGAGUGAUGCCUUCUCCAUUGAAAACUACUUGUUCUUGGAGAUUCACAGCGAGUCUCUGAUGAAGCUCGAGUUGAUAUGAGUAGUUUGAUGGAACUCUCCUCUCAGCUUUUCCAUCAAAUUUUAGACGAGUCCCUAUUGGUUACUUUUGUUCUUUUUACGGUAAAAAGUAAUGUACACGUGGACAAAAUCUACAGACCGCAAUAUUUGCUCCCUUCGACUAAUCAAAUCAGGUUUGCAUGCUGUCAAAGACUAAUCAAAUCAGGACUGAUAGUAACUAAAAACACUGCCGUUUAAUGUUUCCUAAGAGAAACUGCACGGCGUUUUCAGAAAAAUGAUUUAAAAUAUCUUUGUAGUCAAUUAGUUAUUAAUGACAAUAAAUUAGGGACGUUUGAUUCUAAUUCUGUAUAAACGUAAAAAGGAAACUAGUAUAACGUCAAUGACGAAGAAUUUGGAGAAACAACUUUUAUAGAAGGAGUUCCUUAGAGUUUGCUCAACAAUGGUGGAUCCAGUUAUGGUCUCCUCAAACAACAAACCUAUCUUCUUCAUAGAUCUCUCUGGACAAAACUCCAUUCCUACGAUUCCGGAUUCGUUUAUUUCGAAUCACGUGAAGGGUAAAACUCAGUCAACGAAACUGAAACUGACUUCGGAUGUUUCGGACAGAUCAUGGGAAGUUGAGCUGGACGGCCAAAGAUUCGCUCGCGGAUGGAAACAGUUCUCGGUUCACCAUGGUGUCCGAAACGACGACGUUUUGAGUUUCAGGCACGACGGGGACAUGGUCUUCCACGUCACGCCCUUCGGACGUAGCUUCUCUCAUCAGAUACAGUUCAUCUCUUCUACAUCUGAAGAUGAAAAUAAAGACGAUGAACAUAACAUCUUUGAUGAUGAUGUUUAUGAUGAAGAGGAGGAACAUGCCGAUGCUGGAAACGAUGAUGAUGAUGAUGGAGAUUCGACAUCGGAAGAGGAACUAUUUCCUUCGUCCAAGAAGAAAGCAAUAACAGAAACAGAGACUUCACUAGAAGACUCUUACCUUGUUACGCACGUCACAUCUUCAAACCUAGGCCGAAAUCAGAUGGGUAUUUCAAACAAAUUUGCCAGGCCAAAUGGUCUGAAAGACAGACAGUGUGAGAUUGAUCUACUCAACGAAGAAGGCAAAUCUUGGACUCUGGAACUUAGACACAACAAAACAACUGGUCAAUCUUAUAUGUGCAGAGGGUGGACAAGUUUCUGCCAAGGAAAUGGGAUCAAAGCCGGAUCUGCAUGUAGAUUUAAACUUGUUAAAAACGGAACCAAACCGGUGCUACAGUUGUGUCCCAAUACCUCUACCAUUCUUCACAAAAAACGUGACGUUCCUGAAACAGAAGGUGAUGAGAUUGAAUACGAGGAUUGUUUAGAGACGCCUCAGAUGAAUCAGAACAGGACUGUGGCAAUAGAGUUUAAACCUCACAUGUUAAGGACAGGUCAACUUCGACUUCCUACAUUAUUUGCGAGAGAUAAUGGGAUCAAUGAAGCAGGGGAGAUAACUAUAGUGAACAAAGACGGCGUAGAGUGGAAGUUGCAUCUAGUUAGCGUCAAGGGACGUGGACAGUUUUACAUUAGAGGUUUUAAAGAUUGCUCUAGAGCCAAUGGCAUAAAGAAAGUUGGUGACUCCUUCACACUGGACGUUGUUCGAGGAGGAACUAGUCCUAUUCUCAAGAUCUGCUCCAAGGAAGCAACAUUUGAUGGUAAGCAGACUACAAACAGGAGGCCGUCAAGGAUGAUUCAAGCACCAAGAGCUGAAGAAGAGAUGGAGACUAGGGUCCAGAAGAAAGCUCGAGUUUCCGCAGAAGGAGGAUCAUCUCGUCGUACCAGGGCAUCAAACAAAUUAAGUGUUGGUCCAGCAAACUUGCAGCACAAGAAACCACUUGAACCUUGCUCAAUCUCUGAUCAAGUGAGUAAGGUGAGACAGAGUAUUGUGCACACUUUAACAGAUGUAAGACAGUUUCGGUCGGAGCUCGAGAUAAAGGAACAAAAUCUAGAGACUUCGCUGCUGGAAAUUGAUGCUCUAGGUAUGAUCUGAGUAAACGAUGAACAAUAUAUGUGAAUGUUCUAGUUAUUGCAUAUCAAUAAAUGUGAACGUUUUAUUUAAUCUUUAUGUUUUUUUAACUAACUUGAUGUUGGAACAAUCAGGGGAAAAGAUACUGGGGAUCAGCAAAUUCUUCAACGUUAAUCAAGUCUAGAGCGGAGGAUAUAAAGAUCGGAAUAUGGACUUUUGAUGCUAUUGGAGUUGAAGACUUCACAUAAGAACAUUUGCUUCUUUUUCGUUUCCACUCAUUUGAGUUUCUUUUAGUAAUGAAAUAUUUUCUAGUUAUUGCAUAUCAGUGGUAUGAAUUUAUUAUCUAAUCUAUUAAAUUAGAGUCUUAUGAUUUUUUUA